UCUGGACCGUUCAAUGCGACGGUUCACCCCUGCUACGGGGUACUCUCGCUAGGUUUUGGCUCUCUCACCAAAAACUCUGCCGCAGCCGCCGUCGUUCUUUCCCCUUCCCGCCGAACCCUUUCACCGCUGGCCGCCGCGACGCCGCUCCUGCCGGAGGAUGGCGUCCAGAUGCGCGGCGACGGUGCCGUCUCCGCGGUGCGCGCCGCAGCGCUGUUGGGCGGGCUCGCGGGCUUCGGUACGUCUGGCGAAAUGCGGCGCGUCAGGAGGACGUGCCGUCGUCUACGCUGCCGUUAGCUUCAGGCCAUGCAUCGACAUCCACAAGGGGAAAGUUAAACAGAUUGUUGGCUCUACUCUUCGGGAUUCAUUGAAUGAUAGCACAGCACUUGUGACGAACUUUGAAUCAGACAAAUCUCCUGCAGAAUUUGCAAAUCUUUAUAAAGAAGAUGAACUUAUUGGUGGGCACGUGAUAAUGCUUGGCGCAGAUCCUGCAAGCCAGGCUGCUGCCCUGGAGGCACUACGUGCAUAUCCUGGUGGUUUGCAAGUUGGAGGUGGAAUAAAUUUGGAGAAUGCAACAUCUUACCUUAAUGAAGGGGCCAGUCAUGUGAUUGUAACCUCUUAUGUGUUUAGCAAUGGCAAAAUGAACAUUGAAAGGCUAAGGCAACUUGUUGAGCUGGUUGGGAAACAGAGGCUUGUUUUGGACCUUAGCUGUCGAAAAAAGGAUGGCAGAUACACCAUCGUGACUGACAGGUGGCAAAAGUUCAGUGAUGUCUUUGUGGAUGAACCAACAUUAGAACAUCUUGCUGCCUAUGCAGACGAGUUUUUGGUUCAUGGUGUUGAUGUAGAGGGCAAAAGGUUAGGAAUUGAUGAGGAACUUGUGGCACUAUUGGGGCGUCAUUCACCUAUCCCUGUAACUUAUGCUGGGGGUGUGUCAACAAUGGACGACCUAGAGAGGAUAAAGAAAGCAGGCAACAGUCAAGUUGAUGUUACGGUUGGGAGUGCUCUAGAUAUAUUUGGAGGAGAUUUGCCCUACAAGGAUGUUGUCCUUUGGCACAAGGAGCAAAAUAUAGUUAGCCGGCCGUGAAGAAAUCGCAGGUUUGGUGCUUGAUCUGUUCCAUCAGCUCACUGACCAUUACCAUGAGUAGACUCUUUGGACAUUCUAUUGCUAAUAAUUCAAUUAUUCUUCACUGAUCUAAGUUGAAGCUGAGGAACACUAUGUUUUUCAGUUGUGGCAGUAGCGCUGCGCCGAGUAAAAGGAUAGAAAACUGUUUAUCAUAGCCAGGUUGAUUCGUGAUCGAUGAUCGCUGUAUUGUUCUUGACAAUCUCUCCACUGAACAUUACCAUGCGGUUCAAACUGUGAUAUCAA